AUGGAUGCCAAAAAGAUCAUCUUAUUUAUUGCUUGCCUCGUAUUGGCAUUAAAUGUUGCUGAAGCCUCUCACUUUAGAUAUGGCCAGCUUACCUGGAAGUCACUGAAUGACACCCGCCCCAACGUGUUCACCAUCCAGUUCUCCCUCAAGUGUUCCUUCCGUCACAGCUACUACACCGCUUUGAACAACAAUGUUGAGCUCAAGGUCGGUAACUUCUUCUCCAACAAUGCUGUCACCCUCAACUGGGGUGGCACGCUCCAACAGAUAAACACCAACUUCACGGUCAACAACAUCGACAAGGUUGAGGACACCCUCCAUGCUGAGUUCAUCUUCACCGCCAACACCCUCACUUACGGCCGUAAGAACCUUAUCGCCUACUAUGAGAGCAGUGCACGUUUGACCAACUUGAACAACAAUGCCAAUGCCAACUGGCACAUUGAGACUGUUGUCCCAAUGUUGGAUCCAAACUGGCCAUCUGCACUCCAGAGCUCCCCAGUGUCCAGUAUGAUGCCAACCAUUGAUGUGUACAUGGGAAGACCAAACUACUUUGCCAUCCCAGUGAUUGACCUCCAAACCUCCACUUUCACCUACGCCCUGUCCACUUUGUUGAACUUUGUCCAGCCACCACAACUUAGCAUCAACGCCUCUGGUAUCGUCACCUACACCCCAACUGCCCUUGGUCUCUGGUCCACUCAGAUCAGAAUCGGAAAGCCCGCCCCACUCAACACCUACAUCCACGUCGACUUCAUCAUCCGUGUGUCCAACGCCCCACCACCCACUGCCACCCCACCAUUCCUCAAGGACCCAACCCCAGCCCAAGGCGAGACCUUUAUUGUUGAGGAAGGAACAACCUUCAGUGUUGUGAUCAGCGGUGCCACCUUGAACGCUGCCACCAGUGUCAACAUCUCCAUCGGUGAGGUCCCAAGCGGAAUGACUGUGUCUUCCCAGGUCAACACCCCACAGACUGCCACCGGUAGCUCUGGCAACAUCACUUUGACCUGGGUCCCAACCUUGGCCAACGUCGGUGUCUACGUCAUCAACAUCGGUCUCACUGACAGCAAGGGAUUGAAGAUGACCGAGGGUAUCCGUUACUUCUACGUCCGUGUCCCAGCCUCCACCUGUGAUCCAAGCCCAUGCAUUUGUCCAGUUGGUGCUGGUCAGCUCUGUGACGAUAACAACUCAUGUACCGUUGACUCUUGCAAGGGACCAUACCCAAUCACCAUCAACAAGUGUCUCCACACUCCAAUCACCUGUGCCACCGAGUCUGCUGCCGACCCAUGUUUCCCAUGGAUGUGUAUGAACGGAACCUGUGUUAGAGAUCUCUCCAGCCCAAAGGGAUGUCCAUCCAAGAGCUGUCAGACUUCAAUGUGUGACUCCAACCAAGGUGGAUGCAAGUACCAGCCACUGUGCCAGUCCACUCCAUGCAUGAACUCUGUCUGUAACGCCAACAACCAGACCUGCACCAACACUCCAGUCGACUGCUCCGGCAACGACCAGUGUCUCCUCUACUCUUGUGAUGCUGCUCUCGGUUGUGUCACCAAGUCCAAGGUGUGCAAGCCAUCCAACCCAACUCCAUGCACUGCCUACACCUGUGACUCCCAGAUUGGUUGUCAGGUUAGAGCACUCAACAGCACCGAGUGUGGAUGUUGUGACCCAAGCGCCAACACCAACAGAUGUCAGAUCGGCACCUGCAACACCGCCACCGGCCAAUGUGACUACACUGACGUUGCCAUUGAUGAUGGCAAUGCAUGCACCAUUGAUGCCUGUGACCCACUCACUGGAAAGAUUACCCAUACCGAUGUCUCUGUUGAUGACUCCAAUGCCUGCACCAUCGAUACUUGUGAUGUUGCCACCGGUGUGAUCACUCACACUGAUGUCUCCAUCGACGACUCCAACGCUUGCACCAUCGACACUUGUGACAUUGCUACCGGUAUCAUCUCGCACACUGAUGUUGUGAUUGAUGACUCGAACGCCUGUACCAUCGACACUUGUGAUGUUGCUACCGGAGUGAUUACUCACACCGAUGUCGCUAUCGACGACUUGAACGCUUGCACCAUUGACACUUGCAACACCACCUCUGGCCUCAUCUCGCACACUGAUGUUGUCAUUGACGACUCGAAUGCCUGCACCAUCGACACCUGUGACAUCGCCACUGGUAUUAUCUCUCACACUGACGUUGUGAUUGAUGACUCAAAUGCCUGCACGAUCGACACUUGUGACAUUGCCACCGGAAUUAUUUCUCACACUGAUGUUUCAAUCGACGACUCUAACGCAUGCACCAUUGACUUCUGUAACACUACCACUGGUGAGAUCACUCACACUGAUGUCUCCAUCGACGACUCCAAUGCCUGCACCAUUGACACCUGUGACAUUGCCACCGGUAUCAUCUCGCACACCGACGUCGUGAUUGACGAUUCCAACGCAUGCACCAUCGACACCUGUGACAUCGCCACCGGUAUCAUCUCACACACUGAUGUUGUCAUUGACGACUCGAAUGCCUGUACCAUCGACACUUGUGACAUCGCAACUGGUAUCAUCUCCCACACUGACGUCUCCAUCGACGACUCGAACGCCUGCACCAUCGACACUUGUGACAUUGCCACCGGUACCAUCACUCAUACAGAUGUCUCCAUCGACGACUCCAACGCCUGUACCAUUGAUUUCUGUAACACAACCACUGGUAUCAUCACUCACACUGACGUCUCGAUCGACGACUCCGACGCAUGCACCAUCGACUCAUGUGACAUCGCAACUGGUAUCAUCACCCACACUGAUGUCUCAAUCGAUGACUCGAACGCCUGCACCAUCGACACUUGCAACACUACCACUGGUCUCAUCUCCCACACUGAUGUCUCCAUCGACGACUCCAACGCAUGCACCAUCGACUCGUGUGACAUCGCCACUGGUCUCAUCUCUCACACUGCCGUCUCCAUUGAUGACUCGAACGCCUGCACCAUCGACUCGUGUGAUAUUGCCACCGGAGUUAUUACCCACACUGAUGUUCUGAUUGAUGACUCUAACGCCUGCACCAUCGACACCUGUGACAUCACCACUGGUAUCAUCUCCCAUACUGACGUCUCCAUCGACGACUCCAACGCAUGCACCAUCGACGCUUGCAACACCACCUCUGGUGUGAUCACCCACACCGACAACCCAGCCAUCAAUGACAACAACGCCUGCACCAUUGACACCUGUGACGUUGCCACCGGAAUCAUCACCCACACCAACGUUGUGAUCGACGACAGCCAAGCAUGCACCAUCGAUGUCUGUGACCCAGCUACUGGCGCCAUCACCCAUCAGCCCAAGGCCUGCUCGGGUUGCCAGACCUGCCAGUCGGCCACCGGCCUCUGCGUCGACACCGUCUCGCAGUGCACUGAUGGAAACGUCUGCUCAUUCCCAUCCUGCAUCAACGCCACCUGUAUCUACACUCCAAACACCUGUGACGAUGGAAACGGAUGCACAAUCGACACCUGCACUCUUACCAACGGAUGUGUCCACACCAACGUCGCCAUCAACGACGGCAACGCCUGUACCAUCGACGCUUGCAACCCCGCCACCGGUGCCAUCACCCACAUCGAUGUGAACAUCAAUGACAACAACGCCUGUACCAUCGACUUCUGUAACAAGACCACUGGAGUGAUUACCCACACUGACGUUGUGAUCAACGACAACAACGCCUGCACAAUCGACUCUUGUGACCGUGUCACCGGACUGAUCACUCACAUCGGUGUUGUCAUCAAUGACAACAACGCAUGCACCAUCGACUCAUGUAACUCCACCACCGGUGUGAUCAAGCACACUGACGUUGUGAUCGACGACAACAACGCAUGUACCGCCGAUGCCUGUGACCGUAUCACUGGUCUCAUCACCCACGUUGCCAAGAAGUGCUCUGGUUGCCAGACCUGUCAGCCAUCGACCGGCAAGUGUCUCGACACUGCCACACUGUGCACUGGAGGCAACGCCUGCCAGCUCGGCAAGUGCACCAACGGAACCUGUUCAUACGUCGCCAACAAGUGUGACGACGGUGACAGUUGCACCAAGGACACAUGCAGCCUCAGCAAGGGAUGCAUCCACACUCCAAUCAACUGUGACCACGAGUGUGACGACAAAUGCAAGUUCUCCGUAUGCAAGAACGGCACGUGUGUCAUGGAGAACGUCAACUGUGACGACGGUAACCCCACCACAUGUGACUCAUGUAGCUCGGACAAGGGCUGCCGCCACACCAGCUGUGACGAUGGCAACAAGUGCACGAUCGACCUGUGCUCGUCCAGCGGCAAAUGUACUCACAAGCCAGUCAACUGUGAUGACAACAACGCCAACACCUACGACUACUGCUCGCCAUCCAAUGGCGCCUGUGUCCACACACCAUGCAAGGGCAAACAAUGCAAGCCAAACGGUGGAUACGACACUGACACCGACAACGACACCGACAAUGACCGCGACUAA